AUGGGUUAUAUCGAAACCACAGCGGGACAACCGCUUCAGUACAUGUCUGCUGUUUACCAACACGGCUUGAAUUCUGAAAGGCCUCCUUUCACUUUCCAUAGUAAUGACUGGGAAACACUUGCAAAAGAACAAAUGUUCAAAAACUCUUUAGGCUAUGUUUGCGGGUGUGCCAGUACUGGCGAAACGGACAAGAAAAACCGGGCGGCUUUUCAAAAAUGGUCUAUGAUUCCUAACCGUUUGGUUAGGACUGAUGAUUUUACGUCUCUGGAAACUCAGUGUUUAGGCGCAAACUUGCCGGUACCAAUCGCAGUUGCUCCCGUUGGCGUGCAAAAGAUCUUCCACCCAGACGGCGAAAUGGCUGCUGCCGCUGCUGCUGCUCAGGAAAAUGUGCCAUACAUUUAUAGUUCUGCGGCCGCAACCUCAAUUGAGGAUGUGGCCAAGGCAAAUGGUAACGGCGUUCGCUGGUACCAAUUGUAUUGGCCCGCGAACGAAAACAACAAUAUCACCAAAAGCUUGUUGAAAAGAGCAAAGGAAAAUGGAUUUUCAGCGCUUUUCGUUACCCUCGAUACUUUCAAAUUAGGCUGGCGGCCGAGUGACCUGGACAAUGGUUAUAAUCCAUUUCUUCGUCCGGAUUCCAUUGGUGCAGCCCUCGGUUUCACUGAUCCCGCGUUCCGCGAGCAAUUCAAGGAAAGACAUGGUAAAGAAAUCGAAGAAGACCUUGAUGCUGCUGCCAAAGAGUGGGCUGCAACAAUAUUCCCAGAGUUCAGCCAUGGAUGGGAAGAUCUGGAGUUCUUGCGCAACAAUUGGAACGGACCCAUUGUUUUGAAGGGUAUACAAUCGGUUGGCGACGCUAAAAAAGCCGUGGAGUAUGGAAUGGAUGGUAUUGUCGUAUCUAAUCACGGUGGUAGACAACAAGAUGGUGGUGCGGCGUCACUGGACUGUCUUGUUAAAAUAGUUGACGCUGUUGGAACCAAGAUCGAUAUUUUAUUUGAUUCUGGAGUAAGAUGUGGAAGCGACAUUGCCAAAGCAUUGGCUUUGGGUGCCAAAAGUGUUCUCAUCGGACGUCCCUACAUAUUCGGGUUGGCUAUGGGUGGACAAGUCGGGGUGAGCCAUGUUCUGCGUUCGUUGCUUGGCGAUUUGAUAAUGACUUUGCAUUUGGCAGGAAUUCCCUCCGUCGACCCAAAGCACUUGAACCGCGACAUUUUGGAGUAUUCUGCUUGA